UUUGCCAAGGGUGUGUAGUUGUUCCACAGAUGAGAUGCCGAGAUCUGGCAACAUCUGUACGCCAUUGAAGACGAAGCUGACCCUCCUCUUUCCUGUCAAAACUCUUGUGUACGCUCGGAUUUACUAACCACAUCGGAUUCAAUGUAUUAAAAGAAAGUCUUAGGAUGCCGCGACUGCUACAUAGACUGUUGAGAUUUACCGUGGAAUGAGUGGUUGGGCAGUUAAAAUGCAACGCAGAGCUGCCCAUCUGGGAAGUGCUGUGGCAUCGUGUGCACAUGCUCCAGCCCCCUACCCUUGCCGUAUGGAAAAAGUCAAAUUCGGAGUUCCUUUUGAUCAAAUAUGUAAACCAGACAUUCCCGGGCCCUUGUUGGUCCUUAUAUUGAAGCUGAAUAAAGAGGGACCAAACAAACGGGACGUAUUUCGGGCGCCCGGACACCAAGCCAACAUGAAAAAGUUGAUUCAUUUCCUUCAAACUGGAAGACUGGUGAACAUCGCUAAUUUUAGCGUUCACACCAUUUCUUCUGUUGUCAAAAAAUUUCUACGUAAGCUGCCUGACGGUGUGUUUGGUGUCGAGGCCGAAAAGCAGCUAUUCGAUGUACUACUGUCCUCUGGUGAAUCUCCAGAUUUGAAAUCUAAACAGGAACAAGUUCGAAGGAUCAUUGGUGAAUUGCCCAGAUGCACGCAGCAGCUAUUAGUAUUACUUUUUGGCACCUUUCGAGCGGUUUCCCUAUCUUCGUCAUCUACCAGCGUCGUUCCCAGCAGUGGGAUGAGCUCCGAAGCUUUGGGCGUAUCAGUUGCACCGUCUUUUUUCCACACGUGUGUAGGGGCUGGCAGACAGGCCACAAUGGAUGAUGUCAUUCGCUUCAAGGCUGCUACGAAGAUUAUGAAGUUCCUCAUCGAUCACUUCGGUACGUGUAAUCUUUUCGGAACGGAGAACUACCGCUACUACUCACGAAUCACCGGUCGAUGUCUUAAAAUUGACGACGCCUGGAUUAUGGACUUUGGUCGGCCGCCCAACGCCUUGCCGCUGCCUGGUCCCAUAUCACUAGAAGCAGAAAUGACUUGGCUUCAGUAUGCCGCCCUUACGUGGCAACCUGCCUUUAGCAUAGGUAUUCCCUCCAUAAACGAUCAGCUGUCAGCAAAGGGAAAGUGAAAUUCAAAUACUUUCCCUUUUUGCGUUCGAUAUUCAGGUGGAGGUCAUACUUCAGAGGACCAUGGCAGUACGAGUGAAUCCUUAAACAUUUAUCCGGAAGCUUGUGGUGGCGAAAACAGUGACAUGCUCGAAUCGGCAAGACUCAGCGUUAGUUUGGAAGGCGACGAGAAUUUCCGGAUGGGCGCCAAUUGCGUAGCAGAUGUGAGUUGUCCCGAAUCGCCCGUCAGUAGCAUCGGCAGUUCCAGCAGUGGAAGCCGGAGUAGUAGCAACAGCCAAUGCCGGCACAUGGUCGUCAGGUCUUCGCGACCGUUGGAAGAGCGGAGGAGUUCUCGCUCCAAUAUCAACGACGCUGCAAAAUCGCUCACCCUUCUACCUCAGGUCCGUCGGCACAACAGCUUGAUAAUUCCUGGUUCUGGUUCCUCCCCUUUGAUUGAAGACGAAGAACUACUCCUAACUGCUAGUUUUUUAACUUGCUCAUCUAUUGAGCCAUAAUUUUUCGCUUACUGUUUUUUUUCUUUAUCACUCAAACGUCUCGUUCGUUCGCACCCCACCGUAGUUGAUAGCAUUUACAUGUUUUUUUUUUUGUUUUUUUUUAAAUCAAAUUGUGUCGUCCUAGUUCGUAGUUCUCUUUUUAAUCAAGCAGUUUGUAAUAAAAAAGGGACACCCGUUGGAUUUUUUCGCUUUUGGUGAUCCUGACCAUUUAA